GCCGAGCCGAAGGGGAGCCGAAGCGGAGCCGAGCGCCUUCGGGCGGCCCAAGUUGGUUGGAGUUUCCCGGAGUUUUUCCCGGCGAGAUUCCCGGGCCCAUCCAGGGAUCGCCGCUUCCUGCUCCUGUUCUCCGGGCCCGUCGCUCCAUCAUGGAACCGCCCCCGGCCCCCAAGAGCAAACUGAAAAAGCUCAGCGAAGACAGCUUAACUAAGCAGCCUGAAGAAGUCUUUGAUGUCUUAGAGAAGCUUGGUGAAGGGUCUUAUGGCAGUGUGUUCAAAGCAAUACAUAAGGAAUCUGGUCAAGUUGUGGCAAUUAAGCAAGUCCCGGUUGAAUCAGAUCUUCAGGAAAUCAUCAAAGAAAUUUCCAUAAUGCAGCAGUGUGACAGUCCUUAUGUAGUUAAGUAUUAUGGCAGCUAUUUUAAGAACACAGACCUCUGGAUCGUCAUGGAGUACUGUGGAGCUGGCUCCGUCUCAGACAUAAUUAGAUUAAGGAACAAGACGCUCACAGAAGAUGAAAUUGCAACCAUUCUUAAAUCUACUUUGAAAGGACUUGAAUAUUUGCACUUCAUGAGAAAAAUACACAGAGACAUCAAGGCUGGAAACAUCCUCCUCAAUACAGAAGGACAUGCAAAACUAGCAGAUUUUGGAGUGGCUGGCCAAUUAACAGAUACAAUGGCAAAACGCAAUACUGUGAUAGGAACACCAUUUUGGAUGGCUCCUGAAGUAAUCCAAGAAAUAGGUUAUAACUGCGUGGCAGACAUCUGGUCCCUUGGUAUCACGUCGAUAGAAAUGGCUGAAGGAAAACCUCCAUAUGCUGAUAUACAUCCCAUGAGGGCUAUUUUUAUGAUUCCCACAAAUCCACCGCCAACAUUCCGGAAGCCAGAACUUUGGUCUGAUGAGUUCACUGAUUUUGUCAAGAAGUGCUUAGUAAAGAAUCCUGAGCAGAGAGCUACUGCAACACAACUUUUACAGCAUCCUUUUAUCAAGAAUGCCAAGCCAGUAUCAAUUUUAAGAGACCUGAUCACGGAAGCAAUGGAAAUCAAGGCUAAGAGACACGAAGAACAACAGCGAGAACUAGAAGAGGAAGAUGAAAAUUCGGAUGAAGAUGAAUUGGAUUCCCAUACCAUGGUGAAGACAAAUUCAGAAAGUGCAGGCACGAUGAGGGCAACGAGCACAUUGAGUGAGGGGGCACAAACCAUGAUUGAACAUAAUAGCACCAUGUUGGAAUCAGACUUGGGGACCAUGGUGAUAAACAGCGAGGAUGAGGAAGAAGAAGAUGGAACUAUGAAAAGAAAUGCAACUUCACCCCAAGUGCAACGGCCAUCUUUCAUGGACUACUUUGAUAAACAGGAUUUCAAGAACAAAAGCCAUGAAAACUGCAACCAGAAUAUGCAUGAGCCAUUCCCCAUAUCCAAGAAUGUUUUUCCUGAUAACUGGAAAGUUCCUCAAGAUGGAGAUUUUGACUUUUUAAAAAAUCUAAGUUUAGAAGAGCUGCAGAUGAGAUUAAAAGCAUUGGACCCUAUGAUGGAAAGAGAAAUUGAAGAGCUUCGGCAAAGAUACACCGCAAAGAGACAACCGAUUCUGGACGCAAUGGAUGCGAAGAAACGAAGGCAACAAAACUUUUAAGUUCAUUCCUGUCACACAGUAUGUUAAGUUAGGAUACCAAUAUACCAUUACGUAUUGAAGGAAUUUUAUUACUUUGUUUUUAAUUCCUAAAAUCUGUUCUCCACAUUUUGUGCUUCAUAUUUGGGUAAAAGUGAAACCCAGUGGGAAGCACCCAUUCUACAGGUACAGUGGAAUGCUUUUAAAUUCUCCAGUGCAGAUACUGGACUCUUAGCUUUGAAUUAAAAGAGCAAUAUAUCUUUAAAAUAUUCCUUUUUGAGCUCACCAGCUCCCUAGAAGCAAUAAUUUGUAUGUGUUGUACAGUGAAAGUUGUAUUUAUGGCUCCUUAGAGAUCCAAAGCCUUUCUUAAUUGUGCAACAUUACAGGGCUUUAUUUUACAAUCUGCUUUCCUCCAAUGUAAUGGUCUAUUUAUUAUAUCCCCUGAAGUGAAAUUUAUUUAUUUAUACCAAUGUUUGUUGUUUUAAGGGGAAUAUUGGGAUUGUUUUGGUGGAGAUUAACAGCCGAUGCUAUUAAAUUAACCUGAAAAUUGGAAAAGCUGACGCGGUCACUUCUGAAACCUUUUCUUAAAUCUGUACCAUACAAGACAAGCAAUAAUUCAAGCUGCACUAGUGUGAUUCUUCCUGGCCAACUGCCAGAUACUUUUUAUACUCGUGAUAACUCUGCUUUUACCAUUUGAAAUUUUUGGCCAGAUGGCUUUUUCUUUUUCCCCACUUGGGUGUUCUGCUUUUUUUGUUUUCGAAUGUUUGGUACACCUUGAGCUAUAGAUAUUAAGGUCAAGUAGAUUUUAAUUUGAAAACCAAAGAAAAUAUUGGAAAGACUGCACAGAUAAGUCUGUGGUGAAUCCUAAAGAAAAAAGAAACUUGUAGAACUCUUAAAAUGCUGAUCUUGUUUCAUUUUCUGUCCCAUUUUUGUGUCCAGGAGCUGAAAUGCUUCACAUUUCAGCACAGCUCAUCAAGUUCAUCCUUUAAGAGAAUAUGACGUUAGGGUCAUCUAAGGGCAUUUUCUUUGUCGUUCAGGGUUGUUUUUGGAAAUUGGUAAGCAGUAUGGGCCUGAUAAAACAGAAGCAAAAUGACGGUUUAUUCUGAACUGUGCGUAGACCCUCUAGGGACUGCAAACUAUUAACAUAAUCAAGUAGGGAACUCAGUUCCAAAUAGAGUGAGCUUUUGUGUGACUGAACUGGGACCAGUUGUUUUCCUGAGUUGCAUUUGACCAUCUUGUCAGUGUUUGUUACUUCCAUGUUCCAAUGUGUACUUCAUAAAGACAAAUAAAUUUUAUUGUACUAGCUAGAAACUUGAUCUUUAUAAUUUCCUAAAAUUCUUGUCCUGGAGCUAUGCUUUUAAAUUAGUGAAGGUGAGUCUCCUUGAAGUUUCAGAUACGUGACCUACUAUAAAGUGGAAUUCUCCAAACACCUUGGGGCUUAACUGCAUUUAUCCCCAACAGGGAAGGGUCAUGCAUUCAAGUCAAUAUAGUCAGAGGAUGAAAAUCGUGAAAGACAUGCGUUUAUCCCCAACAGGGAAGGGUCAUGCAUUCAAGUCAAUAUAGCCAGAGAUGAAAAUCGUGAAAGGCACUGAUUGUUUGUUUGAAAAUGACCACGGUUGUACAAUUAUCCACAAUAUCUGAAAUGUGAUAGAAGCCCAAAGAGAAAAGGAGAUAUCCCAGCAUGCGUUCUCUGCAUAUUGAUACUUAACAGAUAUGCACCUUUACUUCCUAUUCCAUUUAGCCUCGUCCCGUAAGUACUAUCAUUAAUUAUGACCUCUCCAUUAACAGGUGAUUCAUUAUCAAAUGUAGAAACUCAGAUCAUAUGAUUGAUGUGUAAUUGCUUUAUUUCGCAUCUACAGGGGACUAUAUCCCUUGAAAAGUUAGAAUUUAAGAUUAAUGCCGGAGGCGCAACUAACGAGCUUUCCCCCACCUCAAAUGGAGGAACGUAUUCCGACUUUUCCAUAAAUCUAAAUGCCAUGGGAGAAUCUCAGAAAUUUAUUUGAUCACAGAAAACACAUUUUUUUUUGAUGUUUUGACUCAGGCAAUCUCAUGAAUACAGACUCACAAGUAUGUAGAAAACUACUUAUUUUAGCAAAGUUCAAAAUCUGAGAAAUACUUUUGUGUUCUCCUUUCUCUUAUUUAUUUGCAGAAUCAAAUCACCAGAAUUUGUCAUAGUUUGUAAAAGAAAUCUUAUAUAUUAAAUAAAACAUUUUUUAAUUCACAGUUGUAGGAAAUUUAAUAGGGGUCCUGACAUUUAUAGUUAGAUUUGUUUCAUUUCUGGUGUGUUAAAGUAUACUGAUUAAAAAAAACCUGAAAACACUAAGCAAUUGCAAUAAAACAAUUCUUUUUCACUUA